CUGGUCUCCCCGGACCCUGCAUUCACUAUACCGGUCUCCCCGGACCCUGCAUUCACUCCCCCGGACCCUGCAUUCACUAUAACUGGUCUCCCCGGACCCUGCAUUCACUAUAAACUGGUCUCCCCGGACCCUGCAUUCACUAUAUCUGGUCUCCCACAGACCCUGCAUUCACUAUAUCUGGUCUCCCACAGUACACAG